AGAACCAACCUAUAGAAGAAGAGGAAGAAGAUCCAAGAUGGGGAAUGUUCUGCACAAGAGACUCAGCUACCAGCGCUGCAGCCUGACGGAACACGAUAAGAAGCUGAUUCGCAAGAGCUGGCGCAAGUUCUGCGAGCGGAACCCGGACUACGGCGUGCGCAUCUUCAUCGGCAUGUUCGCCAAGCACCCCGAGUACCUGCAGCUGUUCCCCAGGUUCAGGGACAUGGAACUGCGCGCGCUUCGCCACGACGCCAAAUUCCGGGCGCACGCAUGCGCCGUGGGCCACCAGCUGUCGGCCAUCGUCGAGUGCAUCGAGGACGACGAGGUGUUCGUCGAGCUGAUCCGCAAGAACGCCGCCAAUCACCUCCCGCGGGUUGGCGUGCGGCCCGCGAACUUCGAGGGCCUCUUCGCCGCUGCGCUCGAGCAGAUGGUGGCCGGCAACAGAGCAUUCAUGACGCCAGCCACCGUGAACGCGUGGGAGAGGCUUUUCGAGAUAAUGAACACAAUCACGAGGAACGUGUACGAGGAGGCCGCAGGAUUCUCGACAACGAGCCAGGACACGUCGUCGGCAGAUGAACGCUCAUCGCUCGACCCGGUCGCUGCAUUUGCUGAACCCUCGAAGACGGACGCUGCUGAUGCUGCAGCUGGUUCCAGCACCGCGCUGGGACUAGUGACCACACAGGAAGCCACCGCCGGAGCUGGUACUUCGGAGAAACUGGCCGUGGGGCGUCAGGACAGCGUUCCUGAGAAUUAGACGCCGAAUACUGCGGCGCCCGCCGGAAGCGCCAGCGGCAUAACGACAGGGUUGGCUGUCUUGGGUGAAGCGAGCAGUGCUCCUUUAAAAGUGACCACUGCGACUUUUCCGACUCUUUAACGCCGUUCGCACCGGCGCCUGCAGUUGACGCUGGUGGCAGCCAAGCACCACCAGCCGCACAGCCUGGCUUGCGUGGUGCUGGGCCUCCGAACAAGCUUACCCAGAAUGCCAACCUAGAUGCGCCGUCACUGUAUAACAUGGAGCCGGCUAAAAUAUACCGCUUCGCCGAUGAUUGAAGCGACAAUUCGCAGUGCUGUAUGUAAUCGUACCAGCAAAUUGCCGGACAGUCUUGCAGAGGACACGCUCAGAGCUCGCGAAUUCCAGUCGCUUUCUUGUCUACUUGUAUUAAAUCGAACCUUUUUGUUUAUUUAUUUAUUUAUUUAUUUAUUUAUUUAUUUACACUACCCUGAGGGCCCGGAAGGGCGUUAUAGAGGGGG